UAAAACCUGUAACGUGAUGGGAGUGAAAAUUCGGUACUGGUCGAUCUUGGCUGCGUGUGUUUUAUUCGGUGUUGGUGCUCUAGGCUAUCCGGAUGAUGACAACCUUUGGAAAAAGGAAAAUGAUAUCCUGACGGCGGAGGAGGACGACUGGUUUCAGAUUGAUGAUGAAGAUGGGGAUUUGACAGUGCCACAGUUGAUCGAAAAGUACGGCUACAAGGUGGAAAUUCACUCGGUAACCACGGAGGAUGGAUACAUGCUGACUAUGUUCCGAAUAAUGCCCCGGCAGGUGCCGGAAACGAAGAAGCUUCCGAUUUUGAUGGUGCAUGGCCUGCUUGGUAGCUCGGCUGAUUUUAUCAUCACUGGUCCGAAUAAUAGCUUGGCCUACAAUCUGGCCGACGACGGCUAUGAGGUUUGGCUAGCGAAUGUUCGUGGAACGCGGUAUUCAAGACGUCACAAAAGUACACCGAUCCAUUCUGAGGAAUAUUGGGACUUCAGCUGGCAUGAAAUCGGUUACUACGAUCUACCGGCCAUGAUCGAUUAUGUAUUGAACAAUACCAAAUCGUCCAAGCUGAUGUACAUUGGUCACUCGCAGGGGACCACAGUUUACUUUGCAAUGAGCAGUAGUCGGCCGGAGUACAACGACAAAAUAGCCCUCAUGACGGCUCUGUCGCCCGCUGUUGUACUCAAACGGAUCCGUAGUCCAAUUCUCCACCUCAUGCUGGAUCUAGCGGACACCAUCAAGGAAGUAUUGGACUCUCUAAGGGUCUACGAAUUCUUUCCGUACAACGAAAAUAACCACCGAGUGGCGGAAUCGAUCUGCCCCAGAAACACCAAAAAUACUAUUUGCGAACAAUUGGUGGGACAGAUAACUGGUCCCCAUCCGGAAAUGUAUUCCCAGAAACUGGCCCUUGCCUAUAUGGGUCACGCUCCGGCCGGUGCAUCCACCAAGCAGUUGAUGCAUUUUAAACAGGUCGUCCGGAGUGGCCUGUUCCGACAGUACGACUACGGCAAGAAGGAAAACCUGCAAACCUACAGCAACUGGAAACCUCCGACCUACAACCUGACGGCAUCGUCCGCCCCGGUUCUGAUCUACUACGGCCGGAACGACUGGAUGGUGCACCCGCGGGACGUUCAGGAGUUUUCCAAGAUGCUGCCCCGCCUGGUGGCAGCGAACCCGGUAGCGGAUAAGAAAUUUAAUCAUCUUGAUUUCAUUAUGGCGAAAAAUGCCCGCUCGCAAGUGUACGAUAAGAUGAGACCGGUGCUCGAGCAGUACAACAAUAAUAUAAUGAAAGAUGAUCGCCCAUAG